AUGAAACUGAUCAACGUGCACAACCUGAAGCUGGAGGAAUAUGUCGGCAACGAGAUCCCGCCGUACGCGAUCCUGUCGCACACCUGGGGCGCCGAAGAGGUGACGUUUGAAGAGUGGCAGAGGAGUCCACGGCCGACGCACAAGGCUGGGUUUCGCAAGAUUUUGAAUGCGACGAGACAGGCUGAGCUGGAUGGACUUGAUUACUUGUGGGUUGAUACGAAUUGUAUCGACAAGACCAGCAGCGCGGAGCUUUCUGAGAACAUUAAUUCCAUGUUUACGUACUAUAGCCGGGCGGCGGUUUGUUAUGUGCAUCUCGAGGAUGUGUAUUGGACGAAGCCGGUUGAUGCGGAACCAUCGCAGUUACACGAUCAGCUGCAGGUUAGUCGGUGGUUCACUAGGGGAUGGACGCUUCAGGAGCUUCUCGCCCCGAGGCACAUGGUGUUUUUCGCCGAGCCGUGGGAGCGGUUCGGGACCAAGUCGGGGUUGCUGGGGUUACUGGCCGACAUCACGGGCAUCGAAGAGAAGUUCCUGAGAGAGCCGAAGCAGAUCCUCCACGCUGCCAGCGUUGCGAAGCGCAUGUCGUGGGCGUCGAGGAGGCAGACGACGCGGCCUGAGGACAUGGCGUACUGUCUCUUGGGACUCUUUGGCAUCAAUCUGCCUCUGCUCUAUGGCGAAGGCUGGAAGGCGUUUUUGCGGCUUCAGGAGGAGAUUAUCAAGGCGUACAAUGAUCAGUCUAUAUUCUGCUGGUGCUACAUUGAUGCUCCUGUGGGCUGGCACAGCUUCCUUGCUCCGAGUCCGCGAUCUUUUGCAGACUCGGCUGAUUUUGCCAGUUUUCGAGGGGAUUCCAGUACAACGAUUCAACCAUACACGAUUACCAACGCGGGACUCUCCAUGACCUUGCCCUCGGUUUACACAUGUGAUGGCAGAAUCGUCAUACUCGAUGUAGUACACAAUUACAUCGAUCCCUGGGGCAGCCAACGUGUCGGAAUCCCCGUAACAUGGACCCAAGAACUCGGCUGCUACCGUCGCCUCGAACGCCCUCGCCGCCCAGUCCUAAUUGCCACCGCCAUGAUCGAGCACAAUCCCAGAGAGAAUCUCUACUUCUACUGCAAAUCGCUCGUCCAAGCCGACGCCGCCACGGGCUUCUACGACACCUGGCUCGAGGAAGGCUACUCUCUCCUCCUGACAUUCGACAUGCCCGUGAGGAUAGAAUGGACGAAUGACAGGCGAUCGGACCCGGGGUACGAAGACUCGACGGAAAAUUUCGACUUUCAAGCACAUCUGAGCUGCGUCCGCAUAGAAUACGACAUGCGCGUGAAAAGCACCCAGCACAGAAUCAUCGUCUUCUCCCAUCUAGAAGACUCCAAGAAAUACGCCGCCCUCUUCAUCACCGUAAUAAGAAUGUCCAAGAAAGAAGGCGGCGGCGUAAUCUGGUACGCCGAAGUCAUCCCCCUCCAUAUCCCUCACAACAACCCCCACGGAAGAACAGCGAUCGACUUUGAAUCCCUCGUCAUCGACACCCUCGAAGGCCUCACGGGCCAAAACCUCGGCGGCAAGCCCAUGAGCCGCUCCGUCCAAAGGGGCCUCCACCUCACAAACACGGGCCACAUCUCCGAGACGAGCGCAGAGCUCAGCCGGCACUUCCCCAAGCCGAUCCUCGGAGCGGGCAUAUCCAUCAUGCACCGAAAAGGAGGAGGAGGCGCGAAUAGUAACAAGAGCGCGGGGACGCUGGGCCCAUACUGGGCGGACACACAGCGGGCAUUGCAUGUUAUACUGAAUGACGAGGUUAAUUAUAUGGAGAUUUACUGGCAGAUUCGGGCGAGUCCGGCGCCUUCGGAUUCGACGCCGUGGAUGCCGUCGUAUGCGGGCAUUGAGGAGAACCGGAAAAUGAUACACGGGGUUGUGCUAAGGAAGAAGCAGCGACAGUUGUCUGCAAAACGAGGCGUCAUGGAGUUUUGGGACUAA